AUGGUCGGAAAGACAGAGAAAAACAAAAAUGGUCUGAAGAGUUAUAUUUCUGGCCCCAUACCUCUUAACACUUUGGUGAGGUACAGCUGUUUCUACAACUUCCAUAUCACUGGAGAAAAUAAUCUUUUUUGUGUAAGUAAAGACCAAAUGAAAGGAACCUGGGAUAAAACUGUUCCUACAUGUGAAUAUUUCAAUAAAAGAUCUAUUUGCUCUGAGCCCAUAGUACCAGGGGGACACAAAGAUAAAAUAUCUAGACCACCAUACAGACGUGCAUUUACCUAUAAUGCCAACUUCACCAGGAAAGGAAACAAGACUGCUUGGUGCCAAGCAAAUAAAACGUGGGGGCUGACACCACUACCAGCCUGUGAGAGUGAUUUCCCCCUGGAGUGUCCACCACUUCCCAUGAUCCCCAGCGGACGUCCCACAGGAAAGAACGUUGGCUUCUUUGUCCCUGGACUGUCUGUGACUUGCAGCUGUGAGCCCGGCUACUUGCUUGUUGGAGAAAAGCCCAUUCGUUGUUAGUGUUCACGAGACUGGAGUGCUGUCAUUCCACAACGUGAAGAGGCGCAGCGUGAAGCUCCAGGGCCAUUGCUCAAUGAGAAGAUACAGGGGCUCCAAGUCAUCCUUGGUGUAACUGGGACCCUUUCCUGUAAUGAAGGGUAUCGAUUACGAGGCCAACCUUCUAGUCAGUGUGUAACUGCUGGACAGAGAGCUUUAUGGACUAAGAUGCCAGUAUGUGAAGAAAUCCUUUGUCCACCACCUCCUCCUAUUCUCAAUGGAAGACAUACAGGCAACCUUUCAGUGAACGUUCCACAUGGAAGCACAGUCACUUACACUUGUGACCCGGACCCAGAAAAAGGAGUGGACUUCAUCCGGAUUGGGGAGAACACUAUCCGUUGUACCACUGAUAGUCAGCAGACUGGGACCUGGCGUGGCCCUGCCCCACACUGAGAACUUAAUAUUCCUGGAAUUCACUGUCCACCUCCCCAGAUCCUAAGAGACCAGAUGUUGUCUGGGCAGAAAGAUCAAUAUUCAUAUAAUGACACUGUGAUAUUUGAUUGCUUGUUUGACUUCACCUUGAAAGGUAGCAAGAGACUAAGGUGUAGUGCCCAAAGCACCUGGGAGCCAUCUGCACCAGUCUGCGAGAAAGAGGGCCACGCCCCUCCUAAAGUCCUCAGUGGGCAAAAGGAAGAUAGACAUGGGAUCCGCUUUGAGCCUGGAACAUCCAUAAAGUACAGCUGUGACCCUGGCUAUGUGCUGGUUGGCGAAGAAUCCAUACAUUGUGCCUCUGACGGGGUGUGGACACACACUGUUCCCAAAUGCAAAGUGGCAGAGCGUGAGCCUCUAGGAAAGCAUCGCUAUAAAAACCCCCAGGAUCAACUGAUUGGACCAGAUGUUAACUCUUCUUCCAAUGAAGGGUACUGGUUAGGUGAGAGUGUUUAUCAGCUGUGUCAAGGCACCAUUCCUUGGUUUAUGGAGAUUCGUCUUUGUAAAGAAAUCACUUUCCCACCCCCCGUUAUCUACAAUGGGACACACACAGGGAGUUCCUCGGAAGACUUUCUAUAUGGAACCACAGUCACUUAUUCAUGUAACCCUGAGCCAGAGAAAGGAGUAGAAUUCAACCUCAUUGGGGAGAGCACCAUCCGUUGUACAAGCAAUGGUCAGGAGAGGGGCAUCUGGAGUGGCCCUGCUCCUCUCUGUAAACUUUCCCUCCCUGCUGUUCAGUGCUCUCCCCACGCUGCAAAUGGAUACCAGAUAUCGGGCAAGGAAGCCCCAUAUUUCUACACCGACAGUGUGACAUUCAAGUGUGAUGAUGGAUUUACUUUGAAGGGCAGCAGUGAGAUUCGUUGCAAAGCCAAUAACACCUGGCAUCCUGAAAUACCCAUUUUUGAAAAAGAAGCACCGUGUCAGCCUGUGAGAGAAGAUGUUCAAGAGCUUCCAGUUGAUUCGCAUGUGAUUCUAGCUAAUACAUCCUGUCAAGAUAGGUACCAGGUGAUUGGGCAUACUUACCGGAAGUGUGAAGAUGCUGAGAAUGGGGUUUGGUUCCAAAGGAUUCCACUCUGUAAAGCUAUUCACUGUCCACCUCCACCAGUGAUUAACAACGGGAGGCACACAGGUGUGAUGGCAGAACACUUUCCAUAUGGAAUUGAAAUCUCUUAUGAAUGUGACCAAGGAUUCUCUCUUCUGGGAGAGAGAAUCAUUCGCUGCAUAAGUGAUUCUGAAGGGCAUGGAUCUUGGAGUAGACCUUCCCCACAGUGCUUAAAACCUCCUCCUAUGGCCCAUUGCCCUAACCCAAAAGUCAAACAUGGAUACAAGCUUAAUAAAACUCAUUCGUCAUACCCCCACAAUGAAAUUGUAAUAGUUGCCUACAACCCUGGUUUCAUCACGAACGGCAGUGACUUGAUUAGGUGCCAUCCCGAUAACAAAUGGGUGCCAGGUAUACCAACUUAUAUCAAAAAGGCCUUCGUAGGAUGUCAACCUCCAUUUAAGAUCCCCAGUGGGAAUCAUACUGGUCGAAAGAUAGCUCGAUUUUCUCCUGAAAUGUCAAUCAUGUUCAGCUGUGACGAAGGCUACCUGCUAGUGAGAGAUGCACUCCUUAUUUGCACACUUGGGGGCACCUGGCGCCAACCUGCCUCUUCCUGUAGAGAGGUAAACUGUAGCUCCCCAGAGUAUAUGAAUGAUCAGAAGGGGCUGGAGUCUGGGAAAAAGUAUCAGCAUGGAGCAGCGGUUACUUUGGAGUGUGAAGACGGAUAUACCCUGGAAGGCAGUCGCCAGAGCCAGUGCCUGGAGGAUCACGGAUGGAACCCUCGCCUGGCUGUUUGCAAAUCACAAAGCUCACUCACUCCUCUUGUUGGUGGUCUUUCUGCAGGUUGUCUAUUUCUUCUCUUCUUGAUUGCUGCCACCUUAUACAUGAUAUCAAAACACAGGGAAUGCAAUUAUUAUACAAAUAAAAGCCCUACAGAAGGUGAUCUUCAUUUAGAAACACGAGAAGUAUAUUCUAUUGAUCCAUACAACCCAGCAAGCUAA